CUCGUGCUCCUACUGCACAUCCUCUACCUGGACCCCUACACCAUCUUCGCAUCCUCUAGUCCACCGGAGAAACUUCCCCGCUGCUGGCCAAUCGUGUUCGAUCUUGCACCCGGCGCAGCAACGCUUGCAAAACUUACCACCGUCUCGGAGAUGGAUGCACGUUUUCUGCCACCAAGCUCCUCCAUGUGGCAUCACAAACUCUAA